GCCACGUAUGACAUGGAGAGUCGGGAGGAGCUUCAACCAUGGGCGGUGGUGGCGGCGGCGGCAGCACCAUUGGCGGCGGCAGCGUGCUGGGCGGACACGGCACGGGCAUGAGCAAUAGUACGGUUGGCAUGGGAGCUCCUCCUGGCAGCUUGAUGCACGGCGGCGGCGGCCCCAAUGGCGGCGCCCCCGGCAAUAUCUACGGCAAUGGCAAUGGCGGUGUGGGUGUGGGCGGUGGGCAGAGUACGGCGCCCGGUUCGGUGAUUGAUUCGAGGGCCGUGUCCGUGGUGGUGACACUACCAGGCGGCCCGGGAUCCCAGCAUCCGGGGCAGGCGUUGAGCGACUACGGUCCCAUAUAGUUAAUGGUACGCCCGGACACCACGCACUGGGUCUCCACGAGUAGCUUCAGUCAGUUGUAAGUCCUUUCACUCACCCACUCGAGCUCCCCAUCUCUGUCUCACUGUAUGUCUGUCUGUCUGGUCACUCUCACACGUAGUAGUCUCCUCUAACACUCACAAAAGCACACACAAAUGCACACUCUUUCUGUCUCUCAUUCGCAAAGGUUUGAAGCAAUUGCCAUAUUAAUUCUUGUAGCCGUAGAUUUGUUUUUAGGAAGGAAAGAAAACGCAACAAAAUAAGCAACAUUCUGCAUUAAGAUUCUAGUCCAAAAACCUUUGUCAUCGAUAUAGCCGAUAACCGAUAGGAGACAGUCGUUAGUCGAUAGCAAGCGAUAGCAGACGAGAGCAAAGUGCAGCGAAACAGCAGCAGCAGCGUGUGAGAGCAAAGGAGAAACAGGAUGAAAGCGAAACGGGAGCGAAAUCAGAAUUACGAGAGCCAAAAUGAAGAUCAAAUCUAUGCAGAUCCAGAACCAGUGGCGCGGUCUGUUCCAUCCCUACCAUAAUCGAAAACUACUUUCCUAUUCCUAAUUAUUUAUACACACACACAAACGCCAGCCUUUGUUCUAACCCAAACACACACACACACAAACACACACUUUCUUCAACGAAAUAGACUGAGAAAUGCAAAAACCAAUUAAGAAGUAAAAUACGCGGGGAUUAAAACGAGAGAGAAUUACGAGUAGUAAGCACUCUGCCCCACACACUGCCAAGUCAGAGCCACGAGCCAUAUUUCGAAAUUACAACUAACUUUUAAUCAAACUAACUAAACUAUUAACCUUAACCUAAACAUAAACACACAGAAAAGUAAACUAAACAAA